UGGCGGGUGUGGCCUGCCGGCGAGAGGGCAGAGGCGGCCCUGGCGGCGAGGAAAGCCGGGCGGUUGCCGAUGAAAACGACAUGUGGACUGCGGGAAAGGUGACCGAAAUUUUGUUUCACGGGGUCUUGGCGGCUCUAGUGCUGCUGGGAGCCCGGGACGUCUUCUUUCAGUAUGAAGAGAACCGGUGCAGCAUGACCUACAUGUUCGACUACCCGGAGUACCAGAGAAUAAAAUUACCUAAGAAAAUAUUCAGACGUUACCCAGCCUAUGAGCUAUAUCUUUACGGGGAAGGAAUUUCUGCAGAAGAAAACAGAAAUCUAAUCUUAACAGGGAUUCCUAUUCUUUUUCUUCCUGGCAAUGCUGGAAGUUUUAAGCAAGUACGUUCUCUUGGAUCAAUAGCACUGAGAAAGGCAGAAGAUAUGGAUUUCAAAUAUCAUUUUGAUGUCUUCAGUGUGAAUUUCAAUGAGGAGCUUGUUGCACUAUAUGGUGGAAGUCUACAAAAGCAGACAAGAUUUGUGCAUGAGUGUAUUAAAAUAAUUCUUAAAUUAUAUAAGGGUCAUGAAUUUGCUCCCCGCAGUGUUGCUGUAGUAGGUCAUUCCAUGGGUGGUCUUGUUGCAAGAGCACUAGUGAUUCUUAAACAUUUCAAACCCGAACUUAUCAAUAUUCUUAUUACUCAAGCGACACCUCAUGUUGCACCUGUGUUGCCUUUAGAUCAAUAUCUUGCUGAUUUUUACUCAACCGUGAACCAUAACUGGAUUCAGAAGGCUCAGGAAAUAAAGAAUCUAACAACCCUUUCGGUAGCAGGAGGAUUUCGAGAUUAUCAAGUUCGCUCUGGAUUGGCUUUUCUGCCCAGUUCAAGUAGUCAGAAUUGUGCUUUAUCUGUUGUGAGUUCAGCAGUUCCUCGAGUCUGGGCUUCCACAGAUCAUCUUUCCAUUGUUUGGUGUAAGGAAUUGAACUUGGCUACUGUCAGAGCAUUUUUUGACCUUAUUGAUGACAACACUAAACAGAUAACAGAAAAUCCCCAAAGAAAAAAUCUGGUCCUGAAUCACCACUUUUUAAGGUAUCCAGGAAAACUCUUUGAAGAAAGACUUGAAUCACUUACUGAGUUAACAGGAGCAUCAAUUUGGAUUAAUAUAAAAACUUCGAAAUGGUCCUACAAAGGAUACAAUGAAUCAGAUGGAAAAUAUUUUAGUUUUCCCCUCUCAAGCCAAAGAAAAUCAUUCACUCAUAUUUACUGCCAAAACAGUAUGUUGGAUACAAACAGCUGGAUAUUUGGUUGUGCAAACAGUACUUCAUCGAAGUGUCUGCAAGCAAUUGAUUUGUCUUGGAAUGCUGAGUUACUACCAACGGUUAAGAUUGUGACUUUGAAACUUCAAGAUUAUCUAUCUUUGACUCAUAUUGUGCUUCAUGUCCCAGUGGUUAAUAGUAUCAAGUUUACUUUGGACUGUGAGUUCUUUAAUGAAGUUUCAAGAACAGUGCAACUCCCUGUAACUCAUCUUUUUACUUUUGGAUUUUCUUCAAGCAAAAUCAUACUAAAUUCAACUGGCCUUAUUCACAUUGUUCAGCUCCAACAUUUUGGUCAGAUAUAUCAGGCUUUUAACAUCUUUAUAGAAAGUAAAUGCCAGAUUUUCAAAGAAAGAAAACCCAGUGUAUAUCAACUUCAUAUACCAUGGUCACAUGAAGAUUUCUUAACAUUGUCAGAGGAUCAUUUGACUGAGAUUUCUGCAAAAUUGCACAUUGCACAGCCUGAAAAUGAUUCUACAGUUCCUUUGUUGAAAAUGUAUUCAUCUUCAGAUUGUCAAUAUGAAGUAACUGUCAAGACCUCUUUUCUGCAGGUCCUUGGUCAGGUGAUAAGAUUCCAUGGUGGCACUCUUCCUAUGUACAUUAUUUCUAAUAUUCUUCUUGCCUACAGAAGACAGUUAAGGUCCCUAGUGUCAACAGGUCAAUGUUCAGACUUUGUUCCUGCACUUACUAAAGCAGCUAAACCUUAUAAAGUAGAACCCAUAGCAUAUAUGAUUAAGUUCUUGUUGGGACUUAACUGGUUCAAAACACUCAGGAGUUCAGAGUUCGAUCGUGUCACAGUCAACAACCAGGGCUUGUGUUUCCCUUUUGUAUCCCUGAUUCUCUUUAUGUUUGGGACUGGCAUAGCCUAUUGGGGUGGCGUACUUCUUGAUUCGUCUAUAAGGCUCUUAUCUUCAUUGCACUUAGUUUUGACAAGACCCUCUGGACUUCCAUCUCACAACAGUCUGGUUACCCGAUUAAGGUUUUGUGUUGCGGUUUCAAUGUUUUUUCUUAGCUGGACUACCUGUGGAGCGCUGGCAAUAAUGAUGACUUAUUUUCAUUAUAUAUUCAAGGUUGUUAAUUUCCAUUCAAGUUUAAGAUCUGAACUGAGUGUUUGUAAUCCGCCGAUGAAGAACCCAGAACCUAAAUCAGAUGAUUCAAAAAAUGAAGGGAUGAACAGCUGCAGAUCAGAGGAUUGCUCUUCAAAAGCAAGAAACUCAUCUAGUACCACCAUGGCCAAUGACAACAUUAUAGAUAGCUUUAAAAUGCAUGUCACAGUCAUCAACUUAAUCACAUGGAUUGUGCUUCUUAGUUGUCCAUCUUUAAUUUAUUGGCUAAAAAAUAUCAGAUAUCAUAUCAGACUUGAUCCUGAUCCAUGUAGAUUUGUUGCUGUUGUUCUGAUAGUCAUUUUGGGUAUACUCAUGAAUACAAGUACUACAAAACUUAAAUCAAGUAAAUUAUUGAAGAUUGCAGCAUAUUUUCCACUUCUUUUCGCUGUUGCUGCUGUAGUUUUUGCACCUGUUUAUUUAUAUCAAAUGCCAUACUUUGUAAUAAUUCCUCUUUUUUUACAUUCAUUAUGCAGCAUUGUAUAAAAAUCUUUAGCUGGUCAAAAUAGUAAUAAA